AUGUCCAACGGCAAGUCUGCUCCGGCCGAAGUCGAGAGCCUGGACCCCUCCGAGGUCGGCAUGCAAUGCGGCUUCAAGAAUCUCUACUCUGGUAAGGAAGACAGGAAGGGACGUUUCCAGUGGCAGGACACGAUCCCCGAGGAUGUUGGCGAACCGGUCGAGAACGCAGAAACUUCAAAGUGGGCACUCCUCGUCCGUAACGUCAAGGUCUACAACGAUCCCCGGAAGGUGCUCCAAGUUCACUCUAUUGUCAUCCAGAGCCCGUUAUUGAAGGACCUGCUCCGCAAGGUACUCAAGGAUUACCCCGGUGUCACUGCUGGCUUGAAGCGUCUUGAGUUCUCGGAUCCUUUCGAGCCGCUCAUCCAUCGAUGGGCUGAGCUAAAGGCUGCGAUUGAGAAGCUGAAGAGCCAGUCGCAAGAUGACGAGAAAGUGAAGCUGACCCUGGAGCACGCCGAGGUGCUGUACAGCCUGCUCAAGUCGGAAUUCAACGACAUGAUCGACACUUUCCAAGAUAUGAAGUCCAAGGGCGUGAUGACAUACGAUUGCCUCUACACGCUCUUCCAGCCCGGUGCGAUCAUCUACUCUCGCCAGGAUGGCCAAGAGACGGCCUUGAAGCUGGCUGAGACCAAGUACGGUACGGACACCAACACCGGACCAUGCUUCUGGAUCACGGGCAAGUACUUGGACUGGGACGGAACACGCUUCGGGACGAACAAGCUCAGAAUCAAGAUCUCCGCCUAUUCGGGCACACGGUACAUUGCGCAGCUUCCGGCCUUCCCGAUUGAGUUCCACCACGACGAGGAGGGUUUGCGCAAGCGCCUGCUGGAGCGUGGCGCCAAUUUCGAGGCCUUCGCCGGCUCGCACUACAAGGCGUACCACGGUAUUGGGUGGAAGCGCGGCUCGUUGAGCGCCAAGGAUAAGUACAACAUCAAGGGACGCAUCGUGAUCGACACAUUUGGCUGGAACCGCUUCAACCCCAACAUGGGCAUCUACGUGACGCCGCUCGCGCAAAAGGACGGGAAGCCAUCGCUUGACGACUCCGACGACGACGACGACGACGACUCCUCAGGAGUCCAAGAUUAUAGCGAUGACGAAUACCGUGGCUACAAUAGCUACCGCUACAUUGAGGAAGUCGACGAGGACAGCAUGCCCGCGGAUGGCAGCUUUGGCGAUGAAGACGAAGAGGGCAUCAAGCGGCUGCCGCUCACGGCGGAGCAGAAGCUGGUCAGCACGCCGCUGCUGCGGGGCUACUCACUGAAGACGAAGCAGUGGCUGAACUUCUUCGUGAACAGCGUCAAGGAGAUUGAAUGGUCGACCAACGCGUUCGACAGCCUCGUGCUCCCGGCCAACCAGAAGGAACUGAUCCUCGGCUUCACUGAGAGCCAGCGCAAGUACAAGGCCUCGUUCGACGACAUCAUCGAGGGCAAGGGCAAGGGCAUCAUCCUGCUGCUUUGCGGCCCGCCCGGCGUAGGCAAGACGUUGACGGCCGAGUCUGUGGCUGAGGAGAUGCGCGUCCCGCUGUACAUGAUGUCGGCCGGUGAUCUGGGCCUCGAUCCCCGCAGCGUCGAGUCCAAGCUGCAGUGCAUCCUCGAGAUGUGCACCAAAUGGAACGCGAUUCUGUUGCUGGACGAGGCGGACGUCUUCCUCGAGCAGCGCUCCCUCCACGAGCUCGAACGCAACAAGCUCGUCUCGAUCUUCUUGCGCAUCCUCGAGUACUACGAAGGCAUAAUGUUCCUGACGACCAACCGCGUCAACACCUUCGACAGUGCCUUCCAGUCACGCAUCCAUAUCUCACUCGAAUACCCGGAGCUCAGCACCGACUCACGGCGCACGGUCUGGACGAACUUCCUCGCGGCGUCUCCUCAAGAGCACGAGAUCACUUCGGCGCAGCUGGACGCGCUCGCCCUCAUGACCAUGAACGGUCGCCAGAUCAAGAACGUGCUCAAGACUGCGCAGCUGCUGGCCAGUCGCCGCGGCAAGCCGCUGCGCCAUGAGCACAUCAUCACCGUGCUCGACGUCACGCAGCACCUGCACAACGAGACGAGGGAGAACGAGCGCACGCGCGCGAGCCUCUUCUGCUGA